UACAACUCGUUUCCCUCCUCCCCUCCCCAGACUUUAGACUUGUUCCUUCGGCUCAUCACCUCCAACUCCAAGACCAGGAGAACCUUCGUUCGUUCUCCUCCAGUUCUACUUCCCCAAAUCAAAUCAAAUCAAAUCCCAAUACAUGAGAGCUAGCUCCUUCUAGAAGCGUAGUACGUAUCUUUCCUGCAAGACAAGAAGCAGCACAUGCGACAAGAUUAAGGAACAAGCGAGGCUGAUUAAAGGCGCACGUUCCGGUUCAGAUUAUAAGUGCGGCCGCUGAGCGAAGCCCAAAAGGCUCACCGUAAAGCAAGGAGCAAAGGUGAGGAUCUUUCCGUCGCUUUUGCACUUCUUGUGCUAUCAAUCAGAAUCAGGGUUCCUUGGGAUAAACUUUUUUCCUUGAUCUCCAGUCUUCACUACCAGGUGACCGGCUCUCCGACAAAUUCAUUCGUGCAGAUAGGGUAGCGCCCAUGGGUUGUGGGGCGUCGAAAUGGAAGGAUCCCGGUGUUGUGCGCCGGGGGAGGCCAAGAAGCGUCGGGGAGGUGGUCGUCUUCCUCCCAGGGCUGAGGGUACCAAGAACCGUAGACUUCCCGCAGUCUCUCGGGGAUCACCUCGACACGAGCACGGUGGAGAGGCUGUCGGCUCUACGAGCAACGGUCGUGACAAUGGCAAUGCAGGAAUCGGCCAUGGCCCUGAAGCCGCGGCGAAGGACGACGCGGCACGGAGGAUCUGGCACUGCUAAUCUUCUCCAGGCUUUGGAAGAGUACCUGCCGGUUCUGCUAGGGCUGGUGAAAGAAAGCAGUGAUCUGAGAAACAAAGUGCAGUUUGUUUGGGCUAACCAAGAGGACGAUUCUGAGGAGACAUCCAUGGCCGAUGCUUGGUAUGAGGUGCUGUCUGUGCUGCACCUCAUGGCCAUGGUGUGCUUCCUGCAGGCCAACUCGCUGCUGCUUCCGAGGUCAUACGGCGACGGCCAGGGGCCGAGAGUAUCUGAAGAGAGCAGGCGAGCCACUGUUGAUGUUUUCUUGAAAGCAGCUGGGUACUUGGAUUGUGCAGUUAAUCAAGUACUUCCGCAGAUACCGCCUGAAAAAAGAAGGGCACUCCCAGUAGAUCUAGUUGAAGGAAAUCUAAAAGCUCUUAGCUUGCAAGGACUUGGCCAGGGAGUUGAUAUGCAACUUGGAUUGGCAAUUGAUAAUCCAAAGGCCACUUUAGCAGUCAAACGGCGUUUAGCUUGCGAGAUGGUCAAAUAUUGGCAGCAGAUUAAGGAUAGCAUACCAGAGCUUCCUUUGUCGGAUGGAUGGGCGAAAAAGCACACACUAUUUGUAAAGUGGAAGUAUGCUGAAGCAAAGGCUGCUGCAUACUACUUCCAUGGGUUGAUUCUUGAUGAGGGAAACACCGAGAAAUCACAAGAGAUGGCAAUAUCAUCCCUACAAGCGUCAGAGGAGUUUCUGAAAGAGAGCAAAAGAGCCUCUAAGGCCUUCCAUUCAACUCCUCCGACAUCAAGGAUCUCAACUCCUUUCGGAACAACCAAACAUCUCUUGGACAUGAUCCCAAAAGAGACAUUAAGCAAGCUCCAGAAUAACCAGGACCUUAACACCCAAGAAAGACCAUCAAAUACCGGAGUCAGCCAGAUCAUCACACCGCCGCCUCCAUUGCCAGAUUUCCCUUUGGCCCUAAAUCCUGAGGAAUAUGAGCUCCCCCAAUUAGACCCACUGUUGAAGAAGGAAGCUAACCACUAAUGAAGUUUCGUUACCAAGCUCAGGCAAGAAAGAAGGCCUUCUUCUAAAAGGGAUAACUCCUCCGCAGCUGAAAAAGAGCAUAAAUUCUGCAACACUUUAGAGGGCAAAAGUGAGAAACGAAGUCUAUUACGCCGAAUGUUAGAAAGAAAAACAAUUUUAUUAAUGUCGACCAGUUAAAAUGAAUUACCAAGCUAGUCCAAGGAUCUGAAGAGCAUUGUACAGACAGAUAUUUUCGUUUGAAUUACACAAAUGCUUUUGUUGACAGAUUUCUAGCCACCAACUGUGCUAGAAAUGUGUAUAAAGCAAGCAUCCAGUA